CUGUUGGCUGCGUGUUUAGCCAGGUAAUCGCCUGCUAAGCCUCUCUAAAGGUGACCAGUCAAAGAGAAGGACAGGAAUCAUGUCUGACAGGAGUCUCUGAAAUCAUUUACGACCAAGACGGACCGAGAAGCGCUCAGCUGCUGCAUCUCAACUCCCUGUCGUUUUCCUGGCACUUAGGUUAGAGAUCCGACAAGCAGCAUGUCCAAAGCAGCAGACAGGACCUCUUCCACAACGUCCGCCGAUUCGGCCUCAGGAGACGGCAAAGAUGGCGGCUCCAAAACUAGCACAGCCACAAACUCCCCAUCGGGUUCGGUUUCUGAGACACCGAAGAAAUCCUCAAAGAAGGCCAAGAAAAACACAGAGAGCAUGAACAAAGUCUACAACUCCAUCCUCAACAGUGUUUUUGGGGCCGACAGAGACCUGGCUCAGGCUGAAAUAGACGAGUUGCAAGAAGCCUUCAAGGAGUUCGACUACGACCAGGACGGCUAUCUGAACUACAAAGAUGUGGCUGAAUGCAUGAGGACCAUGGGAUACAUGCCCACGGAGAUGGAGCUGCUGGAGAUCGUGCAACAGAUCAAGAUGAGAAUGGGCGGCUUAAUGGACUUUGAAGAUUUUAUUGAACUGAUGGGACCGAGGAUGAUGGGAGAAACCACAAACAUGCUGGGACUCAAGGAGCUCCAGUCAGCCUUUCUACAGUUUGACUUGGAUGGAGAUGGAAAGAUAAACCAGGACGAGAUGAAGGAAGCUCUGAAAAGUCUCCUGGGGGAGAAGCUGAAGAAGGGAGAGCUGGAGGAGAUCCUGAAGGAGCUGGACGUCAAUGCAGACGGAAGCAUCGACUUCGAAGAGUUUGUGAUGAUGCUUUCUAUUCACUGAAAUCACGAAGCAACAUCUACGUGGGCUUACGACACGCACUUACAGACGAUGGACAAAAUGUUAUUAAAUAAUGGGGUGACUGUGGCUGUGUGGGUAGAGUAGUUGUCUUGCGAUCGGAAGGUUGUAGGUUUGAUUCCAGCUUCCUCCUGCCCCAUAUCAAUGUGCCCCUGGGCAAGGCACCUAACCCCAAAUUGCCUACUGAGCUGCAUAUCGGUGUAUAAAUGUGUGAGCGUUUGUGUGAAUGGGUGAAUGUGACUCUAGUGUAAAGUGCUUUGAGUGGUCAAAAAUGAUUGGAUAAAGUGCUAUACAAGUUCAGUCCUUUUACAAUCAUAAAAAUAAACCAAUAUUUUGUAAAUCUUGCUUCAAUGAAGACAAAUACAGAUGUUUUCAAAACAUCUUUUUGUUUGUAAUGUGGAUGUGUAUUUUUAGUGUUCAACUAUGAAGCUGUAAAAAAAAAACUGAUUUGAUUUGCAUUGUACUGAAAGCUGAACGACGAUAUUUCAGUAAGUGACUGAGUUUGUUGCUUUGUCGUAUUAUGUAAAUAAAACAUUACAAUCCCUUUUUUUUGCUAUUUUAAUAAAUAAAUUCAAAUGCGAC